AUGUCACAGUCCCGCGAGUUGGACGAAGAUACCGAUAUGGCUAUUUCGUAUACAUCCCAGCCGUCCACUGGCCACCCAACACUCCCCUCAUUCCGAGAGCUUCUUCCCCCUCACCUCCACGAUGCAAUCGAAUCAACCUCACCAUACUCACCACGCCACUCACAAGACCGCCCAGGCUCCGGCCACGAAAUGGCCGAUCCCCGCUCCAUCCCAUAUGGCACAUCCCAAACAUCUAAAAUGCCAUACGACGUACACCACGAAUACACAGUGACCCGCGAACGAAUGGAUCCCGGCCACGCCAUGCGUCUAUCCGACUCCGCAUCCCGCGGCCCAAGUCCCAUCCUCCCACCUAUCCGCGACCUGGACUCCAUCCCAGGCCGCUCAAUGACCCAAAAGGGCUAUGAGCACCCUCCGAGAUCAGACCCCUUCGUUACUCAGGAAUAUCGCCAGCCCGGGCCGGCCCCUAUGGCUGCUAUGCCUGAUCGUCAUAGUGCUGAGCACUAUGCGCCCAUUAUGCGUCAGUCGACGUAUGGUCACCCUGCUAUGGGGUAUGAGGAGCAGGUGUCCCCGCAAAUAAUGGCACAUGGCCAGCAGGCCAACUUUGGCAUUAUGGGCGACCCUAUUGACCCGAAGACCAAGCGGAGACGUGGAAAUCUGCCUAAGCCUGUUACGGAUAUCCUGCGCGCUUGGUUCCAUGAGCAUCUUGAUCAUCCUUAUCCUAGUGAAGAGGAUAAGCAGAUGUUUAUGACGAGGACUGGGCUUUCAAUUAGUCAGAUUAGUAACUGGUUUAUUAAUGCUCGUCGGCGACAGCUGCCUGCUUUGCGGAAUCAAAUGCGCAGCGGGGCCGAUGCAGAUUCUCAACGACAGUCUCCUUUUAGUGAUAUGGAUGGCUCGGAGCACCUGCCCUCUCCUCAUCACUAG